CCUCCAGCCUCGCCCGGGCUGUGGGCCUGCGGGCCUGGUUGCUAGGUGGAAGCGGGGCGCGGCGUUGGCCGCGGCGGCUACCCGGGCGUUUAAAAAGCUACUACGCAGGCGGCAAAAGGUCCUCAGGCGGCGCACUCGCGUCUGCCUGGAAGCAGGCCGGGCCGGGUGGCCGAGCGGCUUUUGAGUCGGGGCCGGGUUGCGGGUGGACUGGCGGCCCGGGGCCGGGGAGCCGGGCGCGCUGCAGGCGGACCGCAGAGCGUGGUCCGGGUGUCCCGGGCCGCAGGCGGGUGGCGGGAGCCUCGGCGGGAGUCCAGCCGGGGGUCGCGGGCUGCCAGCCACUCACCCGGGCUCCUCUUCCUCCCAGCAGACCCCGCCUGCGGGCCGCCGACCGCGACCAUGGUCUCCAAGUCCGACCAACUGCUCAUCGUCGUGUCCAUCCUAGAAGGUCGCCAUUUCCCCAAACGUCCAAAACAUAUGCUUGUAGUAGAAGCAAAGUUUGAUGGAGAACAGUUGGCUACUGAUCCUGUGGACCAUACUGACCACCCAGAAUUUGCUACUGAGUUAGCCUGGGAAAUUGACAGGAAAGCCCUUCAUCAGCACAGGCUACAGCGUACUCCUAUCAAACUCCAUUGUUUUGCCUUGGAUCCUUUAUCUUCAUCCAGGGAAACUAUAGGUUACAUUGUUCUAGACCUAAGAACUGCUCAAGAAACAAAGCAGGCACCAAAAUGGUACCAGUUGCUGAGUAAUAAAUACACCAAGUUCAAGUCUGAGAUACAGAUAAGCAUUGCUUUGGAAACAGAUACAAAGGCACCAGUGGAUAGUUUUAAAGCAAAGGGAGCCCCUCCUCGAGAUGGAAGAGUACCCGCCAGCCUGUCUGGACUUGACGCAAAGGACAUUGUGGCGGUGCUGAAUGAGGAGGGAGGCUAUCAUCAGAUCGGACCAGCAGAGUAUUGUACUGACUUCUUCGUGAUGUCCGUGACCAUAGCAUUCGCCACCCAGUUGGAGCAGUUAAUUCCAUGUACCAUGAAACUUCCAGAAAGACGGCCUCAGUUUUUCUUUUACUAUUCUUUACUGGGAAAUGAUGUUACAAAUGAACCCUUCAGUGAUUUGAUCAACCCAGACUUUGAGCCAGAGAGAGCAUCUGUUCGAAUACGUAGCAGUAUAGAAAUUCUUCGUGUUUACCUGGCUCUUCAGUCUAAACUACAGAUCCACCUCUGCUGUGGAGACCAGUCACUUGGAAGUACAGAAAUACCCUUAACCGGACUACUGAAAAAGGGUAGUACAGAAAUCAACCAUCGCCCAGUCACAGUUGAAGGUGCUUUUACUCUUGACCCUCCAAACCGAGCCAAACAAAAGCUUGCACCUGUUCCUGUGGAUUUGGCCCCCACUGUGGGAGUGUCUGUGGCUCUGCAGAGAGAAGGCAUAGAUGCCCAGUCUUUAAUUGAAUUAAAGACCCAGAAUGAACAUGAGCCACACCAUUCAAAGAAGACAGUUUUCACCCCCACAAAGGAGAAGACACACACUGGGCCCAAGUCUCCACGCGUGUCCCCUGUUCCACCUCACAGUCAGUCACCUCCAACAAGAGACGACGCAACAGAAAGUGAAGUGGAAAGCUUACAGUAUGAUAAGGACACAAAACCCAAUCCAAAGGCUGUCAAUUCUUCUGAACCUGCUUUACUGGCCCAGCCAGUGACUACAUCCAUUGCUUCAGGAACAGCUUCAGGACAGAAAAUUGCUGUUCCUGCAACAUCACAUCAUUUUUGCUUUUCAAUAGACUUAAGGAGUAUCCGUGAUUUGGAAGUUGGUUUUCCAGUCAACUGUAUAUUAAGGUACUCAUAUCCUUUCUUCGGAAGUGCAGCUCCUAUUAUGACUAAUCCUCCUAUAGAAGUUCGGAAGAACAUGGAAGUUUUUCUUCCCCAAUCUUACUGUGCAUUUGAUUUUGCAACUAUGCCUCAUCAGCUGCAGGAUACCUUCCUAAGGAUUCCAUUGCUGGUUGAAUUAUGGCACAAGGAUAAAAUGAGUAAAGAUUUACUUCUGGGAAUUGCCAGAAUCCAACUUUCUAACAUCUUGUCUUCAGAAAAAACUCGCUUUUUAGGUUCUAAUGGUGAACAGUGUUGGCGACAAACUUUCAGUGAAAGCGUGCCUAUUAUAGCAGCACAAGGGUCAAAUAACAGGAUAGUAGAUCUUUCUUACACAGUGACUUUAGAAGAUUACGGACUAGUGAAAAUGCGUGAGAUUUUUGUGUCUGAUUCAUCUCAGGGUUUAUCUGCUGUACAACAAAAGCCAUCUUCUGUUCCUCCAGCACCUUGUCCUUCAGAAAUCCAGACAGAGCCUCGUGAAACCUUAGAAUACAAAGCAGCACUUGAGCUAGAAAUGUGGAAAGAGAUGCAGGAAGACAUUUUUGAAAAUCAGCUAAAGCAGAAAGAACUGGCUCAUAUGCAAGCUCUUGCAGAGGAAUGGAAGAAAAGGGACCGAGAAAGGGAAUCACUAGUAAAGAAAAAGGUUGCUGAAUAUACUAUUCUCGAAGGAAAACUUCAAAAAACCCUAGUUGACUUGGAGAAGCGAGAGCAGCAGCUGGCCAUUGCAGAAUCAGAGCUUCAGAGAGAAAGAAGGGAACUGAAAUCAGAACGUGAACGGAACCUGCAAGAACUCCAGGACUCUGUCCGUAGGGCCAAAGAAGAUUGUGUUCACCAAAUAGAGCUAGAAAGGUUGAAGAUGAAGCAACUAGAAGAGGAUAAACACCGACUUCAGCAACAGCUCAAUGAUGCUGAAAAUAAGUAUAAGAUUUUGGAAAAAGAGUUCCAUCAGUUCAAGGAUCAGCAAAGCAGCAAACCAGAAAUUCGGCUACAGUCUGAAAUAAAUCUUCUCACUUUGGAAAAGGUUGAACUUGAAAGAAAGUUGGAAUCCGCAACUAAGUCUAAGCUGCAUUACAAGCAGCAGUGGGGACGAGCUUUGAAAGAACUUGCCAGACUUAAACAGCGGGAGCAAGAAAGUCAAAUGGCUCGUCUUAAAAAACAGCAAGAAGAGUUGGAACAGAUGAGACUACGUUACUUGGCUGCUGAGGAAAAAGAUACAGUAAACACCGAGAGACAAGAAUUGUUGGAUAUAAGAAAUGAACUGAACAGGUUAAGGCAACAAGAACAAAAACAGUACCAGGAUUCCAGAGAAAUUGCAAGUGGAAAAAUGGAUGGCCCACAUGGCAGUGCAUUGGAAGAAGGUUUGGAUGAUUAUUUGACUCGCCUCAUAGAAGAAAGGGAUACUUUGAUGAGGACGGGUGUGUAUAAUCAUGAGGAUCGAAUAAUAAGUGAACUUGACCGACAGAUCGGAGAGAUUUUGGCAAAAAACAAUGCCAGUAAUUAAUAACAUUUGGAAAAUCUUUACAGAGACUCCAGGUCUAAAUUUUAAUUUCAUAGUAAAGCCCUCAAAAGAAGGGAAAAUGGAUGUUUUACAAUGCAAUUUUCAGUUUUUUAUAAGCAAAAUUUUGUAUGUUAUUGUAUAGUAUUUAUUCGAUUUUAUUUACUUUAUGCUACCUCUCCCACUCUGGUUUAUUUGUAAUUGCAUUUUAUAUUCUCAUUUUUAAUGACUUCAGUGUUUCUCAUAAUUUAUAAUUUCAUGGGUAACUUUCAAAACAGCUUUUCACUAAAUUUGUUCUCAGAGAAAUGACUGUAGUAAUUUCCAGUUACAUAAUUUUUUAUGUUGAGCCAAAAGAGUAUAUGUUGCACUUUAAAAAUGCUGUCCUGUUCAUUUGAAUAGAGGUAUCUUAAAAGUUGAGACCACUUGCAAAUGCAACUAGUUUUAUUUAAUUCAUUUUAGAUGAGCUGUCUUUUUUAACUUGUAACAUUUGCAGGUGACAAGUUCGCAAACAGAAAGCAGGAUCAGUGCAGAGAAGCCAUAUGUGAUCUAUUGAGUGACAAAUUAGUCAUUUAUUUAAAUAAAGUUAAUACAGAUUAAACUUGUUUCAACAGCUAUUGAAUUUUCAAAUUUUUAGUAUACUCUUAACUUUUAAGAAUAUGAAGUAAUAGCUUAGUAAGUUUCCUCUGUCAGUCUCCUGCUCAAGAUUGCAUUGUUUUCUUUUGUUAAAAAUAGAGAUUUCAUUUUCCAGUAAUAGUAAUACUAGUUGUUAAUGUAAACCCUCUGUAAUAAAACAUGGAAACAGACGCAUAAACGCUUUAGCUAAGAAAGUAGAGUGAAAACCUACUAUUUUUGACUCCCCCUGAGUUUAAUCAGUCUUUUACAAAAGAACAUGAGAUUAAGUCAUUGGAUUUAUGUAGUGCCAUGUCAGUAUAAAUUUUUAAGAAUUCCUUUACAUCGUAUUCUUCAGAGCCAACAUUUGCCCUCAAAGCAACACUUUCCACUUCCUUUUACAGGGUACUAAAAAGGUUUGAUUAGCAAAUUCACAGAUUAGGUGAGCUUUGAAAUAUAUGUAGUUUAAAAUUUCUUAUUCCCAAAUAUAAUAAAUUUUAAGUAUAUACUUUAGGAAAUGUAUACUAUUUACUGAUAACUUCCACAAAAGCAGAAUAGGCUAUUUGGUGACACUAAAUUUUCUGUUGUUUUCAAGGUGGUAUAUUUCUUGUUUGGGAAAUUAAAGUCCCUACAUGCUUUAUAUGUUUUUUCCUCCCCCCUUGUUAACAAGUAUUAAUCUGAAAACAACCCAACAGUAAAUAGAGAAAUUACUGAGAGAAUAAUGAAUAUGUGAAUUAUAGCAAGAAUGUGAAGUAUUAAUUAUGGCUAGACAUUUUCUCUCAUUGAUUUUUGUGCCACAUGAAUGGAACAGAAGUAUUCUUUUUAUUUGGGAAGGUCUCGGGUAAAUAUUGUGACUGUGCCUUCAAUUGCACUGUGUGCUGCAUGUGACUGUUUUCAAACGCUAGAGGGGGCCUUAGAUUUAAAGAAACAAAAAGGACGUUUCUAAAAUGGAUGUGUCGUUUGCCUUCUCUAAAGUAAUCUUUUGGCUAUGUAUUUUAUCAAAUAAAGAUGAUACCUGUAUGCAUC